AUGGCCUGUUUCUUCCAGAUCAUUUCAGAUCUCGAGUCCUGGAAUGAUGAGCUGUCUCAACAAAUGAAUGACUUUGACACUGAGGAUUUGACCCUUGCUGAACAGAGGUUGCAGCACCAUGCAGAUAAAGCUCUAACCAUGAACAACUUAACUUUUGAUGUCAUCCAUCAGGGACAAGAGUUACUCCAGUAUGUAAAUGAAGUACAGGCCUCAGGUGUUGAGUUAACCUGUGAUAGAGAUGUUGAUAUGGCAACCCGUGUUCAGGACCUGCUUGAAUUUCUUCACGAGAAGCAACAGGAAUUGGACCUCACUGCAGAGCAGCACCGCCGGCAAUUGGAACAAUGUGUGCAACUGAGGCAUCUACAGGCUGAGGUCAAACAGGUGCUGGGUUGGAUUCGGAACGGAGAAUCUAUGCUAAACGCAGGUCUCAUCACUGCUAGCUCACUUCAGGAAGCUGAACAACUACAGCGUGAGCAUGAGCAAUUCCAACAUGCUAUCGAGGUAAAACAGUUUCUAGCGAUAAUGUCCAGUUUCUGCACUGAAGAGCUUAAAU